UCAAUUCUUGGGCGGGAAAGGAAACAAUGGGUGCGAUUUCUUUCACUUUCACAAUUGCCCAAAGCUGGAACUGCUGCUGUCUUUUGAGCUUUUUCCUUCCCGGCGGCAUUAGCUGAGGGAUCAUGGCAGACAAGAAGUUGGGAGAAGUGCGCACCGAAUUUAUAAAGCGUGUUAACAAAACCAUCAUCAAGCAACUCUUGGAUGAGCUGCUCUGUGUGGGAAUCAUGAGUGAUGAAGAGGUGGAAGAAGUGAAUGUGACAGAUAAGACACAGGAUCAAGCAAGAAUUUUGAUCGAUAAUGUGAGGAAGAAGGGGCCUGAAGCUAGCCGCCGCUUUAUUGUCUUCCUCCUGGACCGAAAUGCUUUCUUAGCUGAACAAUUGGAUCUCCAAGCUUUCACUGCUGUUGGCCAGUCAACAGAAGUUAAAAUCUCAGUGGAAGAGGAAUCUAAAAAUGGGAUCAAGCUUUGUCCUCAGAAUCUAUUUCAGCAAAUACAGACUAGUGAAGGCACUGAGAUCUACCCCAUCAAUGAUCCCAAGACUCGUACGCGCCUGGCCUUGAUAAUCUGCAAUAUCAAAUUCAAUCACUUGGCUUAUAGGCAGGGGGCUGAAGUAGACUUGGAACAGAUGAAGCUUCUCCUAGAAGAUCUGGGAUACAAUGUGAAAAUAGAGCGCAAUUUGAGCUCAGAGGAUAUCACCACUUGCUUGAAGAAUUUUGCAGCUCGAGAAGAGCACAAGGCUUCAGAUGGGAUGUUUGUGGUACUGAUGUCUCAUGGCCUCCAGGACGUCAUUUGUGGAGUCCAUUCAAAAGGCGAACACUCUGACAUAUUCUCCAUCCAUACUGUCUUCUCCAUCUUCAACAACAAAAAUUGCCAAGCUUUGAGGCGAAAGCCCAAGGUGGUCAUUAUUCAAGCAUGUCGUGGGGAGCAACGAGGGUACAUGGUGGAAAACGUGGAAGACUCAGCUGCAUCUGCUGGUGCCUCUCUCCAGUCUGAUUCACACAUCACCAUGCAAUUGCAAACUGAUGCCAUUAAGAAAGUACAUGUGGAGAGUGACUUCAUCUGCCUAUAUUCCACCACCCCUGAUCAUGUAUCCUGGAGACACCCUGAAACCGGAUCACUCUUUAUCAAGCAACUAAUAGAUACUAUCAAGAAACAUGCCUGGGAUUGCAAUUUGGAAGAGGUGUUCCGGAAGGUGUUGCAGCAUUUUGCAAACAACCCAUGUCAGAUGCCCUCAAAGGACAGAACCACCUUGACCAAAAAGUUCUACCUCUUCCCGGGACACUGAAGCCAGGUGAAGGAGAAACUACUGGGCCCAAAAGCAGAUAAUUUUCAGAUAUAUGGAAGAAACAUGGAUUGACCACACCUUGUCCUUUCUCCACCUUAUUCCUCAUUGUAGAUUUCCAACCCAUUUUUGGAAUUUAAUGUGAUUUGUGUCUAAAUCUUAUACAGUGUAAUUAGUAUUUGUUUUCCACAGCAAAAAUGUUUAACUGUGAUGUUUAAGAUGGAAAUAAGAGUCAAAACUCAUUCGUAAUGGUUCCUCCCCUCUCCCCCCAAAGGUAAAGAACAAUUAAUACAGAAGUUAAAGACUUUUUUUAACGAUUUUUUUAUUUUUAGACAAACAAACACAAACAAACAAACAUAAAACCAUCUUCCAGUUACAUA